AUGCUGGCGGAAACAGCAUCGGUUAUCAAAACCGAACCAUCAUCCCUCAGCACGACCACCAGCACCAUCAUCGAUGCCCCGAAACUGCGGGCUGCGUGCGAGAAUUGUCGCCAGUCCAAGGUCAAGUGCAACCUGUCGGCCGGGGCCGGGGGCAAGGAGACCUGCAUUCGGUGUCUGCGGCAUGGUUUGACCUGUCGGUAUCGCGUCGCCAAUCGGUCUGGAAAGCCCAAGGGGAGCAAGAACCGGGCGACCUUGCGGAAGUUGGGCCAGCUGCAGCAACAGCAACACGAGGAACCUCGCAAGCCGAUGAUGGCUGUGGGAGGAGGAGGAGGAGGAGGAGGAGGGGGUGGGGGUGGGGGUGGUAGAGGAGGGAAUAUGCAUACUCAUACUUUCAUGAAUGGGUGGAAUACUAUCGAGGUGUUUGCGCGGAGUCAACCGCCUUCGGUGGUGGAUGGCGCAGGGGAAGAGCCGAGUCCCCAUGAUACCAGUCAACCCAGCCAGUCCAACAGUCCUGAUAGUCAAGGGGUCAGCAUGACGGACGUGUCGUCAUUACUGGAUGAGUCGCCCUCGACGCAGCCGCACUUUAGAUAUCCUUCUUGUCUCGGGGGGCAUGGCAAUGGGGACCCGAUGCCGCCGCCGCACGGGGCAUAUGUGCCACCAACACCGCCACCGCCCAUCUUUGACCAGACGACCACCUCUUCCUCGAUGUCACCGAUAUUCCUGCAGAAGGAGUUCAUCACCAAGGGCCUAACCAGCUGUCCGCUGGCGGUGCACAUCCAGCCGACGUGCGACUGCGGGGAUGCGCUCGUGUUCCAUAUGAACCGACUCCGCCCGGUGACGAUGGUGCACCACCCGCGGUUCGACCUGCUCCUGCAAGCGAUUCAGACGGCGCUCGCGGCGUGCCGGGCCUUCCUCCAGUGUCCGGGCUGCCACAAGGACGGCACGCGCCUGCUGUACGCGGCGUCGAUUGUAGACUUCACGGUGCAGCUAUUCGACUUCGCGAUCCCCUACGAGCUGGCGCAACCGCUGUCGACGGCGCCACAGCCCCCUCUCCCAGCCGUGACGGCGACAAACGACCCCGGCCUGAUGGUCGGCUACGGCGAGUACGAGAUCGCCAGCGAGGAGACGCGGCGUAUUCGGCGAUUCCUGCUCCGGGGCCGCCUGCUGCAGUGCCGGGAGGUGGUGGGCUUGCUGCAGGAGACGGUAGACGUCAGUCGGCGGCAACACGACAUGCGCAGCCCGAAUGGGGAGCUGAUCCAGCAGAUCCUCGGGGGACACAAUACGACGACCCUUCACCGCAACCCUAGAAGAAUGGACCGCCUCUCCCAGCUGAACUCCCACCUAACCUACCCGGCCGGCCUCCUAGCCAACCAAGUGGCCCUGAUCACCGGCGCCGCGCAAGGCAUCGGCGCCGAGACGGCGCGGCUGUUCGCGAACGAAGGCGCGCAGGUCGUGAUCGCAGACGUUGACGCCGAGAAAUCCCGCGCCCUAGCGGAGGAACUCAACACCAAGCACAACAACCCCACCACCGCGCUCGCCGUGCCAGGCGACCUCACCAGCGAGGCCUACAUCGAGCAGCUCGUCGCGCAGACCGCGGCCUUCGGCGGCGGCAAGAUCCACAUCCUCGUCAACAACGCCGGCUUCACCUGGGAUGCGGUCAUCCACAAGAUGACAAACAAGCAAUGGGCCAGCAUGCUGGCGGUGCACGCCACGGCGCCGUUCCAGCUGGUGCGCGCGGCGGCGCGCUACUUCCGGGUCGCGGACGGCGCGAGCCGCUGCAUCGUCAAUAUCAGCUCCACGAGCGGGGUGCACGGUAAUGCGGGCCAGGCGAACUACGCAGCGGCGAAAGCAGCGGUGACGGGGCUGACGAAGACGAUCGCGAAGGAAUGGGGCCCGCGGUUCGGGGUGCGGGCCAACACGGUGGCGUUCGGACACGUGCAGACGCGGCUGACGGCGGCGAAGGAGGGCGGGGCGGAGAUGGCGACGGCGGACGGCGAGCGGGUUGCGCUGGGGAUCCCGGGGGCGCAGUUGGCUGCUCGGCGGGGCGCCGGGGGUGCCGCGUACCCUGAUAUCCCGCUGGGGCGGCCGGCGAGCGCGGCGGAGGCGGCGCGGGCGGUGCUGGCGGUUGCGAGUCCGCUGUUUGCGUAUGUCACUGGGGAGACGGUGCGGGUUACUGGGGGACGGAAUAUGUAG